AGACGCAAGACCGAACAACAGGAUAGUGUGCUGCGGAUAUAUCGGCAACAGUGUAUAUAUUGGCAAUAUUCGAAUAUUCGCAGUGACUGAUACGGCCAAUUAGCUCAGUCACCCUGUCUAUUUCAUUCAAGCAUGGCAGGCUCCGCGAAAAAGGCCACCAAAAAGUUCGAGAAGAACCACCUCCGGGAUACUAUCGAGCGCCGCAAGGAAUUUGCAAAGGUUAAGCAACGACACCGCCUGAAGGAAAAGAGACAGCAGAAUAAACAAAAGGAUGCUGAAAAAGUGGAUGAAAAGGCGCAGCAGAAUGGCGAUGGUCGCAAACCUACAGCAGAGGGGGAGAAGAAUUCCUUUGCUGAGAUGAACGUCGAUGACUUCUUCGCCGGUGGAUUCGACUUGCCAGAUGCCGCUCCCAGUAAAAAACCCAAAUCCUCUAAGAAAAAGGAAGUUGCACCGAAGACUGGGAAAAGGAAGCGCACUGCUGAAAUAGAAGAACAAGAAGCGGACCAGAAAUCAUUUGCACAGAGCGAUAACGACGAGGGCAGCACCGCGGCAGAGGGUAGCGACAUUGGCGACAUGGAUGCCCAUAUGGAACAAUUGGAGGCCCUGAAGGAUAAAGACCCUGAAUUCUACAAAUACCUUAAAGAAAACGAUGCCGAGUUGCUCGAAUUUGGAGACCAUGGGGACCUCGCUGAGGUUGAUGCUCUUAGCGAUGCCGAGGAAGGUGAAAAAGAAGAGGCUCACCCCAAAAAGAAGAAGAAGGCUAAAGCUCCCGAAGAUGUCCAAGAAGGCGACACGAGCAAUACCAUUAAUUUGUCCAUGGUUAAGCAAUGGCAGAAAUCAAUGAUUGAGCAACAUUCCAUGAGGGCAACUCGACAAGCAGUCUUGGCUUUCAGGUCAGCUGCGUACAUGAACGAAGCGGAUUCUAAGGACCGGAAAUACACCAUUUCAGACGCGGAUGUUUACCACCAGGUUCUUCUCACGGCAUUAGAAUACGUCCCUAAGGUUCUGAAUCACCAUCUGCCGACCAAGGAGAGUGCGGGGGGGAAAAUCAGAAUUUCCAUGGAUUCGAAAAAGUUCAAGACCUUGACCCCUUUAAUCAAAUCACACGCAUCUUCCAUCCAUCAGCUUCUUAUGAAUCUGUCCGACGCAGCAGCAUUGAAGUUGACCUUGGCAUCUGUUGAGCCAAUGCUUCCCUAUCUCCUCCCAUUCAGGAAGCUCUUGAAAGUCGUCCUCAAAACCGUCGUCGGCAUUUGGUCGGAUUCCGCCAGCACCGAAGCUACCAGAAUCACCGCCUUUCUGAUCGUCCGUCGUUUAAUGUUGAUUGGAGAUGCUGGAAUCCGCUCAGCAGUUCUGAAGGCCACAUACGAAGGGGUAGUUAAAGGCAGCCGAAAUACAACCGUCCACACUCUCCCCGGCGUAAACCUGAUCAAGAACUCUGCAGCCGAGAUUUGGGGAAUCGACCAGGAUGUCUCCUAUACUACCGGCUUCAGUUUUAUCAGACAACUGGCCAUGCAUCUACGAAGCAGCAUAACACAUCCAUCGAAAGACUCCUACAAAACUGUAUAUAACUGGCAGUACGUGCAUUCAUUGGACUUUUGGUCCAGAGUUUUGUCGUCUCACUGCGAUGCCAUUGUGGAAGCCACUGCGGGGAAAGCAUCCCCUCUACGACCACUUAUCUACCCCGUCGUUCAAAUCACCCUGGGAGCGAUGCGCCUGAUCCCCACAGCACAAUACUUCCCUCUACGCUUCCAGCUUACGCGAUCCCUCCUCCGUAUCUCCCGUGCAACCGGAACGUACAUCCCCCUCGCAGCCGCCCUGCUGGAAGUCCUCAACUCCGCCGAAAUGAGAAAACCGCCAAAAUCCAGCACCGUCCGCCCCCUCGACUUCGCCACGAGCAUCCGCGCCCCGAAAUCCUACCUGCGAACCCGCAUCUACCAAGACGGCGUGGGCGCCGAAGUCGCAGAACUGCUCUCGGAAUUCUUCAUCCUGUGGGCCAAAAACAUCGCCUUCCCCGAACUCUCGCUGCCAGUAAUCGUCAUGCUCAAGCGCUGGUUAAAGGAAGUAUCCUCCCGCACAUCGGGGAACAAGAAUACAAAAGUUAACCAGAUGAUCGUGCUAGUUGUGCAGAAGCUGGAGGCUAAUAGUCGGUGGAUCGAAGAGCGGCGGUCAAAGGUCACGUUUGCACCCCGGGACCGCGCGGAGGUCGAAGGGUUCCUGAAGGAUGUAGAGUGGGAAACGACGCCGUUGGGCGCGUUUGUGAAGACCCAGAGAAAGCAGAAGGAUGAGAGGGUUAAAUUGCUUGAGCAGAGCCGGAGGGAUGAUCAGAAGAAACGCGCGGCGAAGGGAGACGUGGAUAUGGAGGAUGCUGAUGGUGCGGGCAGCGAGGAGGAUGAUGACGAGGACGAGGAUGGAGAUGUAGAUCUGGCUGGAUCGUCUGGGGAGGAAGAAUAAGCGGGACAGAUGGUCUUUGUUGAAUGCUAUUUUGUGCUCUCUUGAUUCAGUUUUCAAUUUCUAUAAGUUAAACGGGGCGUUUCAUGAGAAUGUAAUAAAUGGCGGCUUCAAUGCGUUUUUUCCUAAUAAAAAUUAUACAAGGCUAUCUCUCUCCCAACGUCAUUGACUCGCACAUGCACCAAACGAGAUAUCAUGCCCUCGCUCUAACCUUACUAUACAUAAACGACAUCUCCUCAAAAACCCUAAAACCUUAAAAACUACUACCCAUUUCCGCUUCCAUCUUCGACUUUAACCCCCCCCCCCCCCCC